AUGCCUGCUACAGUUAACACUCCAAAGACUCUUUAUGAUAAGGUCUUUGAAGAUCAUAUUGUUCAUAAAGAUGAAUCUGGUUCUUAUUUAUUAUAUAUCGAUAGACAUUUAGUUCAUGAAGUUACUUCUCCUCAAGCUUUUGAAGGUUUAAAAACUGCUGGUAGAUCAGUUAGAAGAACUGAUUGUACUUUAGCCACUGUGGAUCAUAAUAUUCCAACUGAAUCAAGAGCAAAUUUCCAAUCAACUGCAAGUUUUAUUAAACAACAAGAUUCAAGAUUACAAGUUGAAACUUUAGAACAAAAUGUUAAAGAUUUUGGUGUUACUUUCUUUGGUAUGACUGAUGAUAGACAAGGUAUUGUUCAUAUUAUUGGUCCUGAACAAGGUUUCACUUUACCUGGUACAACUGUUGUUUGUGGUGAUUCUCAUACUUCAACUCAUGGUGCUUUUGGUUCUUUAGCUUUUGGUAUUGGUACUUCAGAAGUUGAACAUGUUUUAGCAACUCAAACAAUUAUUCAAGGUAAAUCAAAAAAUAUGAGAAUUUUUAUUGAUGGUGAUUUAGAAGAAGGUAUUACAUCAAAAGAUUUAGUUUUACAUGUUAUUGGUGUUAUUGGUACUGCUGGUGGUACUGGUUCAGUUAUUGAAUUUGCUGGUAAGGCAAUUGAAAAUUUAUCAAUGGAAGCAAGAAUGUCAAUUUGUAAUAUGGCUAUUGAAGCUGGUGCAAGAGCUGGUAUGAUUAAACCAGAUGAAACUACUUUUAAAUAUAUUGAAGGUCGUCCAUUAGCUCCAAAAGGUGCUGAAUGGGAAAAAGCUAAAAAUUAUUGGAGAACUUUACAUACUGAUGAAGGUGCACAUUUCGAUGAUGAUAUUAUUAUUAAAGCUUCAGAUAUUGUUCCAACUAUAACUUGGGGUACUUCUCCACAAGAUGCUUUACCAAUCACAGGUGCAGUUCCAGAUCCAACAAAAGUUGAUGAUCCAAUUAAAAAAUCAGGUAUGGAAAGAGCUUUAAAAUAUAUGGGUUUAACUCCAAAUACCCCUUUUAAGGAAAUCCCAAUUGAUAAAGUUUUUAUUGGUUCUUGUACAAAUGCCCGUAUUGAAGAUCUUAGAGCUGCUGCAAAAGUUGUUAAAGGUCAUAAAAAAGCUUCAAAUGUUAAACGUGCCAUGGUUGUUCCAGGUUCAGGUCUUGUUAAAAAACAAGCUGAAAGAGAAGGUUUAGAUAAAGUUUUCGAAGCUGCUGAUUUUGAAUGGAGAGAAGCUGGUUGUUCAAUGUGUUUAGGUAUGAAUCCUGAUAUUUUGGAUCCAGAAGAACGUUGUGCUUCUACAUCAAAUAGAAAUUUUGAAGGUCGUCAAGGUGCUGCUUCAAGAACUCAUUUAAUGUCACCAGCAAUGGCUGCAGCUGCAGGUAUUAUUGGUUAUUUCACAGAUAUUAGAGAAUAUAAAUAUUCUCAUAUUGAUGAACCAAAAUUAGAAAUUGGUAGUGAUGAAGAUGAAGCUUUACAAGAUGCUGUUUAUGAUGAAGAAAAACAACCAGUUGAUGAUGGUGAAGGUGAAAUUGAUAUUAAUGAACAAGAAAAACAAGCUGAAAAAUUAAAUGAUGUUCCAAAAACUGAUAAAUCUGUUAAACAAACCGUUUUACCAGGUGAAGAAAAACCAAGUAAUGCAUUUACUACAUUAACUGGUAUCACUGCUCCAUUAGAUAAAGCUAAUGUUGAUACUGAUGCUAUUAUUCCAAAACAAUUUUUGAAAACAAUUAAAAGAACAGGUUUAAAAAAUGGUUUAUUUUAUGAAUUACGUUUUGUUAAAGAUUCUGAAGGUAAAGAUGUUGAAACAGAUUUCGUCUUAAAUACAGGUAUUUGGAGAAAUGCAGAAAUCUUAUUAGUUAGUGGUGAUAAUUUUGGUUGUGGUUCUUCAAGAGAACAUGCACCAUGGGCUUUAAAAGAUUUUGGUAUUAAAUCUAUUAUUGCUCCAUCAUUUGGUGAUAUUUUCUAUAACAAUUCUUUCAAAAAUUUCAUUUUACCAAUUAGAUUACCACAAGAAAUUAUCUUGGAAAAAUUAGCACCACCAGCAAGAGCUGGUAAAAAAUUAACAAUUGAUUUACCAAAUCAAAAAAUCUUGGGUCCAGAUGGUGAAGUUUUAGUUGAUCAUUUUGAUGUUGAACCAUUUAGAAAACAUUGUUUAAUUAAUGGUCUUGAUGAUAUUGGAUUAACUUUACAAAAAGAAGAAUAUAUUGAAAAAUAUGAAGCUAAAAGAAGAGAUAAAUUUUCUUUCUUGGAAGGUGGUACUAAAUUAAUUAAACCUGUUAAAGGUACCAAAAAGAGUAAAUUUGGUGUUAAAGCUCAAGAAUGGUGA